AUGAAACUGAACAAUAAUGUGACUGAGUUUCUUCUGCUUGGGUUGACACAGGACCCUCUUAGGAAGAAAAUAAUUUUUGGCACUUUCUUGUUUUUAUAUGUGGGAACAUUACUGGGUAACCUGCUGAUUAUUGCUACCAUCAAGACCAGCAGCACACUUCAGAGUCCAAUGUACUUCUUCCUUUUUCACUUAUCCUUAUCUGAUACUUGUUUCUCUACUUGCGUAGCACCUAGGAUGAUUGUGGAUGCCCUUUUGAAGAAGGCCACUAUCUCUUUCAAUGAGUGCAUACUCCAAGUCUUUACAUCCCAUUUCUUUGGCUGCCUGGAGAUCUUCAUCCUGAUCCUUAUGGCUGUUGACCGCUAUGUGGCCAUCUGUAAACCCCUGCACUACACGGCCAUCAUGAGUCAUCGAGUCUGUGGUGUGUUGGUGGCUGUGGCCUGGGUGGGGUCCUGUGUGCAUUCUUCAGCACAGAUUCUUCUAGCCUUGAGCUUACCUUUCUGUGGUCCCAAUGUGAUAGAUCAUUAUGUUUGUGACUUGCAGCCUUUGUUGAAACUUGCCUAUACAGACACUUAUGUAACCAAUCUACUUUUGGUGUCGAACAGUGGGGCAAUCUGUGUAGUGAGUUUUGUCAUACUGAUGUUCUCCUAUGCUAUCAUCUUGCAUUCUCUAAGAAACCACAGUGCUGAAGGGAGGAAAAAAGCCCUUUCCACCUGCAUCUCCCACAUCAUCGUGGUCAUCUUGUUCUUUGGUCCUUGCAUAUUUAUGUACACACGCCCUGCAACCACCUUCUCCAUGGAUAAGAUGAUAGCUGUGUUUUAUACAAUUGGAACACCUUUGUUCAACCCUCUGAUCUAUACCCUGAGGAAUGCAGAAGUGAAAAAUGCCAUGAGGAUGUUAUGGAGCAAGAAGCUGAUUUCAGAUGACAAAAGAUGA